AUAGGGCUCUAUUAUUCUCAUUUGGUCCUCACAAAAACCCUGUGAGGGAGAAUGAGGAACAUCUGUAUUUUCCAGAUAAGACAGAGUCAGGGCCAUGAAUUGGUUAAGGUCUUAGAGAAGUAAGCAGUGAGCAGGGGGUAGAGCUGGAAUUUUUUGACCACAAGUCCUGUGUCUUUCCCAUGACCCCAUCAGUUAUAAAGAGAUGUAUUCCCCACUCCCCUCUAGCUCCAAACCCUUCAAGGACCCAGACUGGGCUCUGAUGUUACCUCCCUAGGUGAUUCAAGGGAGUCCAUUCCUGGCUAUGGUUUUUCUUGAGCUACAGGCCAAGUUGUGGGGAGUUAUCCUUUUUGUUUUCAAGGUGAUGCCUGGAUGAAAGAGUUUUGUCACCUGGGAGCUGACUCCAUAGAGGUUAGGAACUUCUGUUUACCAAUAGAAGGAUUCCCAGGCACCCUAAGGGGAAGCCAGAAAGAGAGCCUCUGUGGCUUCAUGGUGAGCUCUUCAGGUCAUAAUUAAUUUUAAAGCUCUUCUCGCCUCAUCCCAAGGAAUAACGUGGGACUGUGUGAGAGAAGUGGAGUUCUGGAUUUGAUUUCUCUGUUCAGGACACAGUCACUUGUUAACUAAAGCAGUGCUCCAAAGUUCCCAUCUGUUAGAAUUGUAUUAAGGAAAGGAAGUAAGAUUCCUAGAAGACCAAAGUUUUGGAAGAACCAAAAUUCCCAGAAGUGAAAAAUGUCCAGCAAAGCCCUAGCUGCUGUGGCUUUCCCUUUGCCUGAUAAGGGAGGUCAGGCCAAGUGGUCCAUAAGAAGAAAAGCUAGUUCAUUCUGGAGGUGAAGCCCAACAUAUCCCUAAGGCUGGCACUUUGCUGAAUCCAGUCUCCAUUAAUCUUCCACACCUCUACACCCUUUUUAUAAUUUGGUCAUACCCAUCUCUGAUCAUUAGCUUCCCUUGACACAUCUAAAAAAAAAAGUUUCACUUCUUAGGAAGGAAAAAGUCCUUUCUCCAAGUAGCAUCCCAUUAUGGCAGUGACUCAAAAAGGAUCAUACAUCCUUAAGACAGCCCUGGGUCUCUCUUCCCUCAAGACAAUUGGUUCCUGGCAGCCCUUAGCUCUGGAGAGUGAUUAGGUCCCUGGGGAAGAAAUUGGUAUUUCCCUGGACUAGCUGAGAAGCCCUAGAAGGCCAACUCUGACAGUGCCCAUGCUGAAGGAUGGUGGGAGGGGGAGGAUAAGGAAGGGGAAGCCCCCUCUAGUUUCUUUCUCACUGCCAGGGACCUAGCUGGGAAAUCCCACAGGCUAUAAAUGGAAAGUGGCAGCAGUAACUGUUGGGAAGAAUAAGAAACCCCUAAUACUGCCCCCCCCUGCCAAAGAUGGGAAAUCCUGGGGAAGAGGACAAGAAAAAGGGGGCAAGCCUGGGGUCUUAACCUGUUGACAAGCAUAAGAACUGUAAGGGGCAUCGCCAGUGAAGACAGUUCUCUUUCUCAUGUUUCUGAGCCAUAUCCCUCACUGCCAUGAUCUAAAGUGUUAGCACUAGCUAUGGUCUAAUGGCAAAAGACUGAUUUUGUAAUCCUCCAGAUUUUCUUUUAAUCCUAGCCACAGGCCAAACACUCAUUUUGGUCAUAGAUUGACUCCAAUUCUGGCCACAGAUUUGCUCAUUUUUAGCCCUAAACUGACCCCUAAUGACCACAGAAUAAUGCCAACCUAAGGGAUUAAUCCCUAAAAUCAAUUACAGUUUAUCUAAGCACAAGUUAUUUUUUUUAAACCCUUGCCUUCAGUCUUAGAAUUGAUAUUAAAUUUCAUUUGUAAGGCAGAAGAGCAGUAAGGGUGAGGCAUUUGAGGUUAGGGAUUAAGUGAUUUGCUCAGACUCAGAAAGCUAGGAAGUGUCCCAGUUCAGGUUUGAACUCUGGACCUCCAGUCUCCAGGCCUGGCUCUAUCCGCUGAAACACUUCGCUGCCCUCAAGCAGAAUAUCUUAAAACUAUGCUGUGUAUGUGAAUAGUAGAGUAUGGUCCUUUUAGUACGACCUAUUGCUUUGAACUUCUGGGAGAAAAAAAUCCCUCAAAACUACCUUCCCUCUGGCCAGUUGGUCAGUUCCAUUUAACAGGAAAGAGCCUCAUUCUAGAAAUGUACAAGAGAUAAGUAAAUGUGGGACAAACUAUGCUGCCAAUGUAGGAAGUAUUCUGUAAAUAGUUGGAAUUGUUAAAAUUUCAGAGAGAAUGAGAUGAUCCAAGAAGUGAACUGGAGAUAGUAAAUGAGGGAGAGGAAGAGCUGAGUCCUAGCUACCCAAGAAGAAAGGCAGUCUGUGAUGAUCCCAACCCCUAUGUUGUCAAAAACUCCAGCCUCCAUGGGAAGGGAAAUUACAUUUCCCCAUUUUGGAGAUUGACAGCAAAGCUGAAAGUGUAAGUAGGAAGGAAACCGAAAGUGGGGACUGGUCCCCUUAUAAGAACCCUAAGAGAGGGGGAUGGCUGGUAAGAAAGACAUUGCCAGAAGAUGAGAGACGGGAGCUGUCGUGAGUCAAUGGAAUAGGGAGUGGGCUAAUAGAGCCUCUGGAAUUGAAGGGGGAUUUUAGGAUGAGGGGUGGAGAGACAAAACUGUGGGGGUCAAGGGUUUGUGUUAUAGAGCCAAGGACUAAGGGAAAAGAUUCCCUGAAAUAAUAUAAUAAUAAUAAUAAGAUAAAGUUGAAGGGGAAAGAGAGGAGUUGAUUGAGAAGGUGAGAGGUGGGGCCCUGGAUAUACUGAAAGGAGGUUAGGGGCAGGAGGAAGGUAUUUAAAGUUCAAUACUAUAGCCUAAGACUGAGUGAAAGAAUCUGUUAUACUUGGCAUCAUGAAGUCUAGUGGUUUAAAGAGUAAGAAUAGGGUUGCCUAGGGGCCAGUUCAGCUUCUGGUCAUAAAGCCCCUAGGUGAGUAGGUUUUUCCAUUGAGUUUCAGGCUGUAUGACUACCAUCACCCAAAUUUGGAUUCUUUAGAGGGGGAAAAGUAAUGGUGCUAGACUUCCUCUGUCAGAAUAGUAUUAAACUGGGAUUCAAGAACUAAGGAUCAUGUUGGUCCCUCAUCCCAAAUAUAGGACUGUCUGGAAGACCAAGGGCAGUGAUAAUGUUUCAACUCUUGAUCCCACCCCCUGAAGAGCUUCCCAUGCAACUGAGAUGGGAGGAAUAAGGGAUCUUGGAUACUGAAAUCCAAGAGUUGGACAAGAAAAUGGAGAGGGCAGAAAUGGAGAAGGCAGAGGCUAGGUUAAGGUUUAAAGGGUGGGGUUCCUUAUUUGGGGAGAAGGAUGGCUUGAACAAGGACAAGGAUGAGAUCAAGGGCAGGGUUCUAAUUUGUGUUUUGAGGAGAGUUGGAUAAUUCUAGUGAUAAGAUUUCCUUUUACUUAAAGAAAAGCCCCAGUCCACCAAUCUUUUCAAACCCCCAUAUCUCUACCCAUUCCACUACUUUUUAAUUCUGCCUUCUCCUUCAUCCUUCCUUUGAAUCUUCAUUCCUCUUUCCCACCCUCUAAACCUGUCCUUCCAAAGUUUUCCCUUCCUCAGUCCUUUCUUUUAGCUUCCAACCUUUUUCUCUCUCUGACCCACACCUAUCUUCCUUUCCUUAACCUUUAAUCCUUUGUCUUUACCUGAUCACCUUCCCAUUACCCAUUCCUUUAGUUCUAUACCUUUGUACUCUUUUCCAAUUCUCAUCAUUCUUCCAAACCUUCAUUUCUCUGACCCUACAAAAUUCACCCAAAGUAUCACCCUCUUCUCUGAUGUCCACCUUCUCCUUCUGACCCUAUUCUUUGUCAUUACUCUAAUGUCCACUUAUCUUCUUUUCACCCCUCUAACCCCCAUCCCUUGAUAUCUUCCACAACCCUUUCUUGUGGUCCUGCAUGGCUUACCCUCUCUCUACCUGAUCUGUCAAUUUAAAAAAUUAGCAAACUUUGAAGUACCUUUUCUACCUUCUCUGUGGAGAGCAUGAUGCUGGGUACUGAGGGUAGUAUAAAAAUUAAAUAAAACAUACCUUGCCAUAUGUCAUUCAUGGAGCUUCUCUCUCUCUUUCUUUCUUCUCUCUCUCUCUCUCUCUCUCUCUCUCUCUCUCUCUCUCUCUCUCUCUCUCUCUCUCUCAUACACACACACAAACAUUCACAUUUCUGCAGCAGUUCUUGUCUCCCAAUUCUACUUCUCUACUUCUAAAUCCCUAUUCCUUUCUCCUUCCAUCCUUUCCCCAUUACAACUCAUUCUGUCUUUUCCCUGGAUCUCUUUUCAAUCCCUGAUAUUCUAGAUCAGGAGAGAAUCCAAUAUAUUCUGGGAAGUUUUAUCUAAAUUUUACUGGACCCCCAGGUUUACCUGAUCCCCAAUUCAAUCAGGUGAAAGGUACUGAAAACUCAUUGGUUUCUUGGGAUUGGGAGGCCCUAGGAUCCCUGGGCCAGACUAGUCCUGCUUUGAAGUCCAUUAGAGUUGGGGCUAUCUGCUCUCAAUGUCUGUGGUGUUCCUCUUUAGUUGCUUACUCAUUCCUUUCUCCCUUAUUCUACUUUUCCCUGAUUUCAUGUUCUCCUGCUUUUUUCAAGGGUUUAGUCUCUUGCUGCUCUCCUUGCUCCUGGACAAGGCUGUCAUCUGGGGGUUCUCAUGGCCCCGAGGGCAACCUCCCCAUGAUUUACUGGACUUGAGAAGUGAAUUCAAGAUCAGCCUGAGGCUUUCCAGAAAGCUACUGUCAGAGAUCCGGGGUAUUGCCCACCUUUUUGCAGAUACACACCUGGUUGGGGUGUCCUUGGACUUCCUACCCCUGAGGGAACAAUUUCCCAAUGUCACCAUGACACUCAAGACCUGGAUCCAACUUUCAGACCCAGAUCGACUUUGUUCCCUUUCUAGACUUCUGGGCCACUUCCAGGCUCCUCUGAGAGAACUGAAGGGCCAUCAGGGUUGGAAGGGUUCCCUGAGGAAAAGGCUGUGGAUGGCUCAGUUAGACCUUCGGGACCUGCAGUCACAUCUCCAUUUCCAGAUAAAGGCUAAUGGAUACUGUGCUCUGGAGGAUAAGGAAACUCAGGAACUGGAGAAGAGGAACUUAGAAAGAUUUUCUCUCCCUGUGCACCAAGCCUCCUGGCCACAACUCCUGAGUACCUACCAGCUUCUCCGAUCCCUGGAGCUAGUCAUGGCCCGAGCCAUCCGGGAUUUCCUGCUGCUCUCAAAGGGAAUUGCUCACACACAGAGUCCCUGACUACUCAAGUACAGUCUUCAACCAAGGGAUGACUUGUACUACUUACUUUACCUUCCAGGAUUGUUCCCCUCUUUCCCUUAUAUUUGUUUUUCAACCUGAAGCUAACUUCCCUGCCCUGAGCCAUUUGGGAGGGAGAGAUCCCAGACUUCAGCCCAAGUGUCCUUUCUCUGCCAGUAAUAUCAUCUCAGGGAAGGAGACUGUGGCAUAUGCCCCUUUGGUUUUCUCCCUCCUCACCUUCUGAGCCUAUUCCCAUCCCAUAAUUUAAGAGGCCUUCACAUUCAGUGAAGAUAUUUAUUUCUUAGAUAUUUAUUUAUUUUUCAGAAAAGUAUUGGUUGUAUUUAUUCUUUUUUUUUGAAAAAAAUUGAGGAUGGUCUUCCUUCUGCUCCCUGGAGGAACCCAGAGAGUAAGAUCAGAUACUUAUUCUUGGGGGACCUAAUAAUAAACAUCUACAACCCCUUUU